CCAAUGUUUCUGUUGUUUGAGGCGGAAUAAUAACUGUGCAGAACCAGGAUGUUCCUCCGGCUUCUCAACAUGGAUGCGUCCACAUGAAAUGGAAAUGUGUCGGAUGACCCCGCUGACAGGAUGAAGUGUUCCCGGUGCCUCUUGCAGCUGGUUCGGUCCGGCCGGACUGUUGUCCAGCGCGGUUCUUUGCUCCUGUCCCCGUCCUCCGGUCAGCUUAUUGUGCAACACAACCAACAGCAGCAGGUGCUGAGGCAGUUUCGUUGCAGCCCAGUGUUGGCGAAGAGUCAACCGGAACCAGUACGGUUUGUUAAUGACGAUGGCACGAAGAAGACCAAGUCCUUGGUCACCAAGGAGGAUUUGUUUGAGCAGGUGGCCAAAGAGUCCAAAACCAAGGCCACAUUUAACCAAGUGAUUGAUGUCUUCACUAAGACGGACAUAAGACGGCGUGGUCAUGUGGAGUUCAUCUACGCUGCUUUGAAGAAAAUGCCAGAAUUUGGAGUAGAGAGAGACCUAACCGUAUACAACAAACUGCUGGAUGUUUUUCCCAAAGAGGUGUUUGUUGCCAGAAACUUUAUUCAGCGAAUGUUCAACCACUAUCCUAGACAGCAGGAGUGUGGGGUUCAGGUUCUGGAGCAGAUGGAGAGCUACGGUAUAAUGCCCAACAUUGAGACUAAGGUCCUACUGGUCCAGAUCUUUGGGGAGAAGAGCCACCCUAUAAGAAAGUACCAACGCAUCAUGUACUGGUUCCCCAAGUUCAAGCACGUAAAUCCCUUCCCUGUUCCUCAGCCUCUGCCUGAAGACCCUGUGGACCUGGCUAUCUUGAGCCUGAAUCGCAUUGCCAACGACUUGGAUGCUAAAACUACAGUUUAUCAGCUGCCCUUCACUGACAUUACUGAAAGUGGGGAAGAAAUCAGCUUUCCACAUAUUGUAGGCAUUCAGAGCCCCAACCAGAUGGAGCUGCUGGCCAAGCAUAACCCAAACAGGCCUGUGUUUGUGGAGGGGCCCUUCCCCCUGUGGCUGAAGAAGACUUGUGUCUACUACUACAUCCUCAGAGCUGACCCCACGCCUCCUGAAGAAAAGGAAGAGGAAGUCUACGAUCCAGAGCGCUGCUUCUACUAUCCUCUGCAGCUAGAUCUGGAUUUGGACCGUGACCUGGGGGACGAGGAGAACUUUGAUGUGGACGACUUGGAUGAAGGUCCAGUCUUCGCCAUGUGCAUGACCAGCCAGGGAGACCAGGCCACUCUGAACCAGUGGAUCUCCGGCCUCCAGCAGAACAACCCCAUCCUAGGGAGAAUUCCCACUCUGUUCCGCCUGGAUGCUGGAACUCGGGAACUGGAAGGAGUGGCGGACACAGAGGCGGGUCAUAGUCAUCGACCUCCUCCACAGAGUCAAAGGGAAGACGGACUGCCUGCUGAAGAUUCAGAGGCUGCGGUGGAGGAGGAGGAGCCUAGGAGAAGCCGUGGGAUGAAACAAUGAACUCUUCAUCACAGAACUGGAAAACGAACUCUGUAUUUCUGCUGUGACAUGUUUGUUUCUCCAUGGUAGAGUUAGACUUGUGUAAAGCUAGUUAAUUUAAUGUACAAAUACAUCAGAGCUGUAGAAAUGAUUAGUAUAUCAUCUAAAACAUAAUUUUGUGUUGUGGAGUCUCACUCCUCUUCUAUCCUUAGAAAAGAGCUGUAGUUAUUUUUUUUUGUGUAAUCAUGACAACUGCUGUCAUAUUUACUUUAAAUGCAUCAGGUCUGAAUUAAUCUACAAGAUCGUCUGCAACGUGAGGCUGCAGUAAACCUAAAAACUGUCUAAUGAAAAGUCAUGAGAGAAACACGAAAGGUUUUUAUUGCUCAGAUUGGAUCAGAAAAUUAAGCAAACAUUUCAAAACAAAUGCUGAUGAUUUUUUUUUGCAGGUCUGUUUGGUUUGGUUUUGUUUGUGAAAAGGGAGUGAGAGCUUCUGACCGUUCAUAGCUGUGGAUGUUUUUAAUAUGCUGGAAUAUUUUUUGCUUUGUCCUGAGAUGUCAGGUUUUAGAUUUGUUUGAGGAUAUUUUGACUGAUGCCCAGUAAUCUACUGGCAGUGGUCACCACUUUCCUUUUAUUUAUGCCAUUUAUUUUGGCUGAUCAGUGAUUGGCUAACACAUGUGAAACUGACCUUAUACACUGAUCUCAAUACAGCAAAGCUCUGAAAAUCA